AUGGCUGGUAAAAAGAAGAUUCUGGUUCUGAUUUCGGGGUCGGGCACGAAUUUACAGGCCCUGAUCGAUGCGUGUGCUGCUGGCAAAAUCGAUGGGGAGAUUGUGAAAGUGGUUUCGUCGUCACCCGAUGCGUAUGGCUUGACUCGGGCCAGUAAUAGCUCGAUUCCGACUCAUGUUCACGAUCUCCAAGGUCAAUAUUAUAAGAAUAUCCCCAAAGAAGACAAAAAGGCUCGAAAGCAAGCUCGCGAUAAGUUCAAUUUAGACCUUGCUGAGUACAUUGUGCGUCCAGAGAACAAACCCGAUUUGAUUGUAUGUGCGGGUUGGAUGCUGAUUUUAUCACGAGAUUUCCUUCUGGAACUCGAGAAACACAAGGUUCCUAUUAUCAAUCUCCAUCCAGCACUUCCUGGUGCAUUUGCAGGAAUCAAUGCCAUUGAACGGGCAUGGCAAGCAGGCCAGAACGGCGAAAUCUCCACUGCUGGAGUCAUGAUUCAUAAAGUUAUCACCGAGGUCGACGAAGGUGAACCACUCGUCGUCAAAGAGUUCCCACUCAUCCGCACCGAGUCGCUCGAACAAUACACCGACCGCGUGCACUCGGUCGAACAUAUCGCCAUCGUCGAGGGUACCCAAAAGGCCCUCCAAACGCUCGUCCUGUAA